AUGGCUCUCGAGAUCGCUGUCAAGGCCGCCGUUGGUGCUCCGACUAUUCUCGGAGACUGUCCAUUUUCACAAAGAGUGUUGUUAACUUUGGAAGAGAAGAAGAUAGCGUAUAAUACUCACCUGAUUGAUGUAUCUAACAAACCCCAAUGGUUUUUGGAAGUGAGUCCAGAAGGGAAGGUUCUGGUGGUUAAGUUUGAUGGAAAAUGGGUUCCUGAUUCUGAUGUUAUUGUGGGGAUUCUUGAAGAGAAAUACUCUGAGCCAUUCUUUGUUACUCCUCCUCAAUUUUCCUCAGUGUAUGGUCCUUCAAUUUGACCCUCUCUAUUUUUGUCCUUUCAGGGUUCACUUUUUCACACCGUUUUGUUUUCUUUGUGUUGUUGCUGUCACUGUUUUUGGUCCAAUUUUGUUCAAAAAUGAUACAUGGACCCUUCAUUUUUCUACACCUGCAUCAACUUUCAAAUCACAUGCAGGUGUGGUUAAUUUAAUUGAGUUGUUGGUUAAUUUAAAUCAUGCAUAAAAUUGUGAAACACUGUAAAUUAUGUAUUUGAAUUAAUUACAAUUUUGAUCUUGAAUUGAAUUAAUCUUCUACUCAACUAAAUUAACAACAUUUUCUAAAGUGAUUUGUAUGAGAAA